AUGACGUCCCUCGGUGGUGGUGGUGGUGGUGGUGUUGUUGGUGUAGGCGGAGGAGGUGGUAGUGGUGGUGGUGGUGGCGGAGGAGGUAGAUUCAUGACGUAUCCGCCGCCUCUUUCUGUGCCUCCGUCGGCUCCUCAGUCACCUAACUUCUCUGGUGGUCUCCGAUCACAGCCUUCUUUCCUCGUUGAGCAGGAGAAGUAA